AUGCCUCCCAAACUACCGCCUCCUCCACCUCCCAAUGGCUCGAAGCCUGCUAGACGAGCGCCUCCGCCUCCUCCGCCUCCCAGCAAUAUUCGGUCAACGCCAACCACAUCGCCAAGGCCCCCACCUUCUGCUAGACAUGCUCCACCACCACCACCACCAGCUAGAGAGCAACCGCCGCGUAAAAUCAUGAAAACAAAGGCCACUGCUCCUCUCGAUGAAGAAGAACUUGAAAACAGAAAACGAAACUGGCUCCAGCGACAGAAGUUGCGCUUCAGAGAAGUCACUCUGACCUCCACCAAGAACGGCGGCUUGGUUCGUCCCACAAAGUCGGAACUUCCUCCUGAGCAUCUCCGAAAGAUUAUGAUUGAUCAUGGCGACCUCUCGUCGAAGAAAGUAGCAUCAGACAAGCGUUCCCAUUUGGGUUCGCUCAAGUAUAUGCCUCAUGCUAUUCUCAAGCUUCUUGAGAAUAUUCCCCAGCCGUGGGAGCUGGCCAAGGAUGUGAAGGUACUCUACCAUACUACAGGUGCCAUUACAUUUGUCAAUGAAGUUCCUCGUGUCAUUGAGCCCGUUUACACUGCUCAAUGGGCUACAGCAUGGACCAUGAUGAGAAGAGAAAAACGUGAUAGAAGACACUUCAAGCGCAUGAGGUUUCCGCCAUUCGACGACGAGGAACCUCCAAUAGAUUGGAUGGAAAAUCUUGAAGAUCUUCCUGCGCCCGAGGCCAUCCAGUUGGACCUUGAAAACAACUCCCAGUUUGGUCUGAUUGAUUGGCUUUACGACGAGAAACCAUUCAUCGACGAUUCUACAGUGGUCAACGGAGAAUCUUACCGAGCUUGGAACCUCGAUCUCCCCACCUUGGCCGCCUUGUAUAGGCUCGCCCAACCAUUGUUACCUCAUGUAACUGAUGCCAAUUAUUACUACUUGUUUAACAAGGAGGCCUUCUUCACGGCCAAAAGCUUGAAUGUGGUCGUCCCUGGUGGACCCAAGUACGAGCCAUUGUACAAAGACAAGAUCAAUGACAGGGACAACGAAGACUUCACCGAGUUUAACUCGAUCGACCGUAUUAUAUUCAGAAUUCCUAUCAAAACAGAGUAUAAAGUGGCAUACCCAUACCUCUACAACUCAUUUGUCAAAGAUGUGAGCGUUUCAUGGUAUCAUGAUUCUAUCAACACGUACGUCAGAGACCAGGAAACAGACACCGAAAACAAAUCUCAGGGAAGAUCUUUCAAUUUCCAUCUGUCAUACAAUCCAAUCAUUCCGCAUAAUUUCUCGACCAAGCGAUCUGAAGAGGCUCUCAUUGAUUUUGAAGUUGAGGAUAUAGAACUUCCCCAGGAUUUCGAGCCUUUGAUGACUACGUCUGAUGAAGAACCCUUACCCUUGGAGCCAUCUCACACCAACGAUGCAAUUCAAUUAUGGUGGGCUCCAUACCCAUACAACAGGCGUUCAGGCAAAACAAUUCGUGCACAAGAUGUGGCUUUGGUUAAAGCAUGGUACAAGGAGAGACCGCCGCCCAAUGCGCCAAUCAAGGUUCGUGUUUCAUAUCAGAAACUAUUGAAGAACCAUGUAUUGAACGAAUUAAAAAACCCUCCUGGUUCGAAGUCGGGAUCAAAAAUGGCAAACGAGAAUCGUGCAAAGCUUUUGCAGACGUUGAGAUCAACUAAAUAUUUUCAGGAAACAACCAUAGAUUGGGUGGAGGCUGGACUUCAACUUUGCAGACAGGGUCAUAAUAUGCUUAAUUUGCUUCUCCACAAACGAGGUCUCACAUAUCUCCAUCUUGACUACAAUUUCAAUCUUAAGCCAACCAAGACCUUGUCAACAAAGGAAAGAAAAAAGUCUCGAUUUGGUAAUGCAUUUCACUUGAUCCGUGAGUUGUUGAGAGUUGUUAAAAUCAUCGUGGAUGCACAUGUUCAAUUCAGAUUGGGAAAUGUGGAUGCUUAUCAAUUAGCUGAUGGUCUUUAUUACAUUAUGAAUCACUUGGGCCAGCUCACAGGAAUCUACCGUUACAAGUAUAAAGUCAUGCAUCAAAUCCGAGCAUGUAAGGAUCUCAAACAUGUGGUUUACUCAAACUUUAACCAAGAUAUAGGCAAGGGUCCCGGAUGUGGAUUCUGGCAACCUGCUUGGAGAGUGUGGCUAUCAUUCAUCAGAGGCACCAUUCCGUUGCUUGAGAGAUGGCUAGGUAACCUCUUAGCUAGACAGUUUGAAGGUAGACGAAGUAAUGAUGUGGCCAAGACUGUCACCAAACAAAGAAUUGACUCAUACUAUGAUCUUGAAUUGAGAGCUCAGGUCAUGCAUGAUAUUUUGGAUAUGAUUCCCGAGGGUUUGAAACAAAACAAAUCAGCUAUUAUUUUGCAACAUUUGAGUGAAGCAUGGAGAUGCUGGAAAGCGAAUAUUCCUUGGAAAGUGCCCGGUAUGCCAAAACCUGUUGAGGAUAUUAUCGAGCACUAUAUCAAAGCAAAGGCCGACGGCUGGAUCUCCAUCGCUCAUUACAACCGUGAAAGAAUCAGACGUGGCGCAACCGUUGAGAAGACUGUUGUUAAGAAGAACUUAGGACGACUUACCAGAUUGUGGGUUAAGAACGAGCAAGACCGCCAAAAUGACUUUGCUUCCAAUGGUCCAUAUGUCUCUCCAGAUCAAGCCGUAAUCAUUUUUCAAACGAUGGUCCAUUGGUUGGAAAGCAGGAAAUUCAAUGCUAUCCCUUUCCCUCCCAUUUCUUAUAAACACGACACGAAGCUAUUGGUUCUUGCAUUGGAAAACUUGAAAGAAAGUUACAAUGCGAAUGCACGAUUGAAUUCGGCCCAAAGAGAAGAGUUAGCUUUGAUCGAACAAGCAUAUGAUAAUCCAAAUGAAUGUUUAGCUCGGAUCAAAAAGUUUUUGCUUACUCAAAGGAUUUUCAAGGAGGUUGGAUUGGAGAUGAUGGACCACUACAGUCAUCUCGUACCAACUUACACCAUCGACCCGUUAGAGAAAAUUACUGACGCUUACCUUGACCAAUACUUGUGGUAUGAAGCCGAUAAACGUAUGCUCUUCCCCAACUGGGUUAAGCCUUCUGAUGACGAGAUUCCACCACUCCUUGUGUACAAAUGGUGCCAGGGUAUCAAUAAUUUGGAUAAUGUAUGGAGCACAUCAAGAGGAGAGGCCAACGUUCACUUCGAAACAUCCUUGAGCAAAGUGGCUGAAAACAUUGACUUCACUAUGCUUAAUAGACUCCUCCGAUUAGUCGUCGAUCCAAAUAUUGCUGACUACAUCACUUCGAAGAACAAUGUCACAUUAUCUUAUAAGGAUAUGAACCAUGUCAAUCAAUAUGGAUUGAUUCGGGGCCAUGCAUUUUCAUCUUUUGUCUAUCAGUACUACUGUUUGGCUAUAGAUUUGUUGAUUUUGGGUUUGGACCGUGCUACGGAACUCGCCGGAAGUAACUUGCAACCCAACAGUUUCUUACAGUUUAAGGACAAGGAGACUGAAACAGCAAGUCCAAUCAGAUUGUAUUGUAGAUACAUGGAUAAAGUUCACAUUUUCUUCCGCUUCGACAAAGAGGACGCUGAUGGCUUGGUUCAGGACUACUUAACCGAGAAUCCAGAUCCAAACUUCGAGAGUGUGGUGGGCUACAAUAACCAUAAGUGUUGGCCAAGAGACCAGCGAAUGAAGUUGAUGAGACCAGAUGUAAAUUUGGGGAGAGCGGUUUUCUGGGAGAUAUCAACCAGAAUCCCAAGCUCUAUCACUACUAUCGAGUGGGAAAAUUCUUACGCUUCCGUCUAUUCGCCGGAAAACCCAAAUCUCUUGUUCUCUAUGUGUGGGUUUGAGGUAAGAAUAUUACCAAAAUGCAGAGCUGCCGAGAACCUUUCCUCCCAGGAAGGUGUCUGGGACCUUAUUAAUCAGAAAUCCAAGGAAAGAACCGCGAAAGCUUUCUUGCAAGUAUCUCAGGAAGAUGUGGACAAGUUUCAGAACCGUAUCCGUCAAAUAUUGAUGUCUUCUGGCUCGGCUACUUUCACAAAGGUUGCAGCGAAAUGGAACACGGCACUUAUCUCUCUCUUCGCAUAUUACAGAGAGGCAGUUGUUGCUACAGAAUCAUUACUUGAUGUCCUUGUCAAGUGUGAGACCAAAAUCCAGAAUAGAGUUAAGAUGGGCUUGAACUCCAAGAUGCCAUCGAGGUUCCCACCUGCUGUGUUUUAUACACCCAAAGAACUUGGAGGGUUGGGAAUGUUGAGUGCUUCGCAUAUUUUGAUCCCAGCCUCCGAUUUGAAAUGGUCAAAACAAACUGAUACGGGAAUUACUCAUUUCAGAGCUGGUAUGAGCCACCAAGAAGAGAGAAUGAUUCCCACAAUCUUUAGAUACAUCACCACGUGGGAAAAUGAGUUCCUCGACUCACAGAGAGUGUGGGCUGAAUAUGCUAUCAAGCGUCAAGAAGCCGCUGAGCAGAACCGUCGACUUACUUUCGAAGAUAUGGAAAGCAGUUGGGAUCGUGGUAUUCCAAGAAUCAGUACAUUGUUUCAGAAAGACAGGCAGACAUUGGCAUAUGACAAAGGGCAUAGAGUAAGAAGAGAGUUCAAGCAAUACAGCUUGGCUAGGUACAACCCAUUCUGGUGGACAAGUAACCAUCAUGAUGGAAAGUUGUGGAACCUCUCUGCCUACAGAACGGAUAUCAUCCAAGCUCUUGGGGGAAUUGAGACAAUUCUUGAGCAUACAUUGUUCAAGGGCACUGGUUUUGACUCUUGGGAAGGUUUAUUCUGGGAGAAAGCAUCCGGAUUUGAGGACUCUUUGAAGUUUAAAAAGUUGACAAAUGCGCAAAGAUCAGGUUUGAGUCAGAUUCCAAACCGUCGUUUCACCUUGUGGUGGUCUCCCACUAUUAACAGAGCGAAUGUUUAUGUUGGUUUCUUAGUUCAACUUGAUCUUACAGGAAUUUUCCUUCAUGGAAAGAUUCCAACCUUGAAGAUUUCAUUGAUCCAGAUUUUCAGGGCACAUUUGUGGCAGAAGAUUCAUGAAAGUUUGGUUCAGGACCUUUGUCAAGUUCUUGACAAAGAGUUAGAAGUGUUACACAUUGAUAGUGUUGACAAACAGGCAAUCCACCCCAGAAAGUCUUACAAAAUGAACUCAUCUUCUGCAGAUAUUGUUUUGACCAGUACUUACAAGUGGAAUCUUUCAAGACCUUCUCUUCUUCACGACAAGAACGACAGUUUUGACAGUGUUACUGCAACAAAGUACUGGAUUGAUGUUCAGUUGAGAUAUGGUGAUUAUGACUCUCAUGAUAUUUCAAGAUACACCCGUGCCAAGUUCUUAGACUAUACAACUGACAGCACAAGUGCUUAUCCCUCACCUACCGGAGCUAUGGUUGGUGUUGAUCUCGCGUAUAAUGUUUAUGAUGUCUACGGAAAUUGGUUCAAUGGAUUUAAGCCUUUGAUGCAGAAUGCCAUGAAGGAAAUCAUGAAAGCAAACCCAGCAUUAUAUGUGCUCAGAGAGCGUAUCAGAAAGGGAUUGCAAUUAUACCAAUCUCAACCUCAGGUCGCCCUUUUGAACUCCUCUAAUUAUGCCGAGCUCUUUAACAAUGACACCCAGCUUUUUAUUGAUGAUACAAAUGUGUACAGAGUGACGGUUCACCGUACUUUUGAAGGAAACUUGACAACAAAGCCAAUCAACGGUGCAGUGUUCAUUUUGAAUCCAAAGACCGGGCAAUUGUUCUUGAAAAUCAUCCACACACUGGUUUGGGCUGGCCAAAAACGUUUAGGACAGUUAGCAAAGUGGAAAACUGCUGAAGAAGUGGCCGCAUUAAUUCGCUCACUUCCAAGAGAAGAACAACCAAAGCAAAUCAUCGCAACUAGAAAGGGUGUCCUCGAUCCACUUGAAGUUCACAUGCUUGAUUUCCCUAACAUCGCUAUUAGAGCAUCUGAACUCCACUUGCCGUUUGCUUCUGCCUUGAAGAUUGAUAAACUAGCAGAUGUGGUGUUGAAAGCCAGUGAGCCCCAGAUGGUAUUGUUCAACUUUUAUGACGACUGGCUCAAAACAAUUUCAUCUUACACCGCAUUCUCCAGAACGAUCCUUAUUUUGAGAGCCUUGGGAAUCAGUCAAGAAAGAACCAAUAUGAUUCUUCGUCCAGACGCUAGUGUCAUCACCGAGGCACAUCAUAUCUGGCCCACCUUGACUGAUGAACAAUGGAUUGAUGUCGAAACGCAAUUGAGAGAUUUGAUUUUGAACGAUUACGCAAAGAAAAACAACGUGAACAUCCAGUCGUUGACUCAAACGGAGAUCCGUGAUUUAAUUUUGGGUCAAGAAAUUAGAGCACCUUCAGCAAUGAGACAACAGAUUGCAGAUGUUGAAAAUACCUCCAAGGAUGACCCAGACGCAGCUAAUGCUAAUCAGCAAUUAACUGCGUUGAAGACAACGACACAGAAUGUACAUGGCGAAGAGAUUACAACAAUUACUACCACCAAUUAUGAGCAGCUGUCAUUUAGCUCCAAGAAUGAGUGGAGAAAUCGUGCAAUCGCUGCCAACAAUUUGCACUUGCGGACAAAGAACAUUUAUGUCUCAUCUGAAGAGUUCGUUGAAGAUGACAGUUUCACAUACAUCAUGCCCAAGAAUUUGCUCAAGAAAUUUGUUCAGAUCUCAGAUAUCCGCACUCAAGUUGGAGCAUUCAUAUAUGGAACUUCUCCAGAAGACAACAAUGAAAUCAAGGAGAUCAAGGGCAUUGCAUUGGUUCCACAGCUUGGAAACUCUCAUUCGAUCCAAUUCCCAACGAAGAUACCCAACCAUAAGGAGAACGACUUCCUCAAAGGUAUGGAAUUGUUGGGAUGGAUCCAUACUCAAAGUCACGACUUGAAUAUGGUUAGCCCUGUCGACGUUACCACAAUGUCGACAUUCUUCAAAAACAAUGAAAACACUUGGAACAAGAACAUGAUUGAUAUGACAGUAUCAUUUACACCAGGAUCUGUUACUCUCGCAGCAUACAAUCUUACCAACGAGGCAUACUCUUGGGGGUUUAACAACAAGGAUAUGAUUUCCAAUGCCCCAGCGGGCUUCAGUCCUUCGUUCAGUGUGAAGAAACAGUUGAUAUUGUCAGAUAGAAUCUUGGGAUCCUUCACUGUUCCGGACGAUAGCAUCUGGAACUACUCAUUCAUUGGCCCUGUGUGGGAUCCGAACGGUGCAUUUGACUUGAAAAUGGACAUUCCAUUACCAUUUUAUCAUGAACUCCAUCGCCCUCUUCACUUCAGCAAUUUCGCAGACAUUGAAGGUAAUGAGUUGGAGGCUACACAGGAGGACAAUUUUUCCUGA